CACUGCACACCGCCGUGCGUUUGUUCCCUUCUCAGUCACAAAGUGCCCAAAGCACCAAUCCGUUCCGAGCCAAGCCGAGCCACGGCGUGCGUCUACUCCCCCAAAAGUAACCCCCGCCUCCACCACCACCAACACCCCACCACCGCCGUCUCCGACCGCCGCUUUUUGGCGAUGGAGCCGUAACCAGCCUCACUGCGUUGAACAAGCGAGUGAAAGAGCGGAGAAGAUACGCGGAGACAGCUGAGACCAAGCGGCUAUGGAGGAGAAGCGCGGGGAGGCUGGAGUCUAGACCGCACGCAAAUCAGCAGCUCCACUUGUCCGGAUUACUUUUUGCAACCUCCACCGAACUCUCUUGUUAUUAACAGUAUAACACAAAGGAUUCUCUCUUCUUUCGUCUGACCAUCAAAGCCUAUCAUUCUACAGCAAGGAUGCAGGAGAAGCAAGCGAUCUUUUGCACGGGAUGCUGGAGACUAACGCUGCUGUCGUGCGUCCUGGCUCUGCACUUGAUCCCGUUGUCUGUCCGCGGAAAUGCUGUUGGGAUCAAUGUCACUGAGCCGGAUAGUGCGUCCAAUGUCACCUCCCUGCUUAACGAAGAGGAAGGGCCAAUCAAAGUCAACAAAAUUGUUGCUGUGGUAACUGGAAUAAAUAGCCCAGCCACCCCUGAUCCAGUCAGCACCGUGACCCCAAGGGCCGGCCGUAUCCCCCGUGGCGGCGAGGAGGAGGAGCAGAGUAGUGGCAUGUUUGGGGAAACGGUGGUUUCCACAGUAGAGGAUGUCAGUGUUGCUACUCCACCACAGCUCAGCCCCGACUCAGCUGAGACGGAGCAUCUGUUGCCUAGCAACCCACGCAAACAGGGAGCUGACGAGGGCAAGGAGGAGGAGGAUGAUGAAGAGGAGCGUCAGCCGCACACUGACCCACCUUGGAUCCAUGCCAAGGACACAGCUGUGUUCGACCUGGACCACCUUUUCACCACAACCGCUCCCCCACCCCCAGCCGCCACUAACCCCUCUAGCCCUGAUGUCCUCCACGUGGACUUCUUUGACCCCUCUUCUCGUGGGCGCAACCUAGACCUAGACCUCGCCCCCGCCUCACCUUCAUCACUGGCCCAUGAGCUGCAAGGUGGCGACACAACCUCCUGGGCAAUGCCAGAUACUUACGACUACCUUACGCCCUAUGAUGAUGGUGUGUCCCCCACUGCUGAUGAGUACACCUACAGCACCACAACUGAUGCUUAUGACACCGAUGAAGAUCUCCGACUUGCUGCUGGGUCUCCUGCUCGUUCCAAGCCACAGCUUCCCGGGUCUGGCUCAUUCUUCCCUGGGGGGUCAUUUCCUGGUGCGCGAGCUCCAGUACCAAAAGACCCUGUGGUAGCCCCUCCAGCGGCCUUACCAAAUGGAUGCCGUGUGGGCUACCAGAUGAUAAAUGGAAGUUGCCGCUCGCAGUGUGACAUGUUGCCCAACUAUUGCUUCAAUGGAGGACAGUGUUAUCAGCUGGAUGGUGUGGAGGUUUUCUGCAGAUGUAACGUCCAGGAUUACAUCUGGCACAAGGGUGCCCGUUGCGAGUCGGUGGUUACUGAGUUCCAGGUGAUGUGUCUGGCCGUGGGCGCCUCGGCUCUGGUGGUCCUGCUGCUCUUCAUGAUCAUCGUGUGCUUCGCCAAGAAGCUCCACGUGCUCAAGACAGAGAAUAAGAAGUUGCGUAAGCGCAGUAAGUACCGGCCUUCAUCGGAGCAGCACAAUGAUAAUUUCUCGCUGUCCACCAUCGCUGAGGGCUCCCACCCAAAUGUAAGGAAACUGUGCGACACCCCUCCUAACGUCCCUCAUGCCCGUGCAUUGGCUUACUAUGAUAACAUUAUCUGUCAGAAAACCAUGAGCAGAUACACCUGGGAGUGUAAGACCAAAGAGGAGUCCGACUGUGAGGAUGAUCCUAAUUCCCAGAACAAGCUGGAGGACCCGGUGAAGGCCCCGCCCAAGGAGGAUGACUCCCUCAACAUCCACAACUCUCUGACCCCCAAACAUGAGAACCACAAGGUCCUGGGCGAGGAGAACUCCUCGGAGGUAAACUCACUGCAGAACAACAUGAUGUGAAACAAAACAACCCCAGCAACCCAUCAAUACAACAUCGAAAAACGACAAGGUGCGCCGGCAAUGGGUGCCCGCAAACCCCUCCCUGCUCGCUGUCCAUCCACUGCCGUGUGCACCUAAGUGGUCCAACCAACCAACCAACCAAUCAGCCAGCCAGCCUGCCAGCCAGCCAAUAUACCAGCCAACCAACACAGUCUGUACCCGUUUCCAACACGGCAACACUGCCACAAAGCGACCCCAAGUCGCCGCAAAAGUCAUACACGACCAUCGCCGCCGUCACUGCCCCAGGUGAAAGUAACCCCACCCCCACCAAUUGCACCCUGCCGCCACCCUGCAACACCCCCUUACAUCCAGCCACACCCCUGUUUCGCAGCCCCUUGUUGCCCCCUUGUUGCUGUCACUCUACUGUCCCUUAUCUUUCUUACCUGCACACACACACACACACACACACACACACACACACACACACAUACACACAUAAGAAACAUACACCCACUGUGAAAACAUGACAACAUAGCCACACUUAUAUGUAUACACACACACACACAUAGACACACCCUCCCCCUGCCUGCAUUGGUGUAUUUUGUAAAAAGAAAGAAAUCAUACAGAAGUUUAAAACGUACGUAAAACGUCAAUGUAAAAAAAAAAAAGUUAAGAUAAAGCUACUGAGAGGUUUUGAUGUUUGUCUGACUAAUCCAGUGAGUAUGUAUAAAUAUUGGAGAAAAAAUGCUUGGAUUGAUUUAAAAGAAACAACACAAUGUGUCUUGGUUUUCAUUGAUGUGAUUUCUAAUCCUUUGAUGUACUUGUUUUUUUGGUUUUUUUUGUACUUUUUUGGGAUUUCGAACAGAGAAUAAACAAACAAGAUUCAGACAGUUGUUGAAAUAAACCUUUUUAACAUGA